UAGAAGUAACCGUGAAUGGUGUGGUGUUGUUAUAUGUGGGAGUGAUUUUUUUUAAUUUGCGUGUUUCAAAGGUUGUGUUUAUCUCAUUAACAGGAAUUAAUUCAAACACAUAAAUUAUGGAUCUUUUCGUCGUUAACAGAUAUUUUGGAGAUGAUGCUGAAGAAAAUAAAGAUUUAGAUGAACAGGCAAAACUUGCAGUACUUCUUUCAAAGAUCGAGGAAAGAAAAAAGCAGAGGGAGGCAGUUCAGAAGUCUAAAGUUAAUUCUGAAUCAUUUGAUACAAAUUUUCAUGUUGGUAAUGAUACUGUACCAUCAGUAAAUUCGCAUGAAAGCGAACAAAAUGAAAUCAAGACGAAGCACAAACACAUAUAUUCUCCACACGGUAAAACAACUGGUGAUAAUGAUGCCGUAGUUGUAUCACAGAAGGAAGGUACUACACAAAGGAAGAACAAGAGGAAACGGAAGGAAAUACAUGAUUCUGAAGAGGGUGAAGACAAUGUGGGAGGAAAUGUAGAAGCAAAGACUGUCAAGAAAAUAGAGGGAUUUACAGUUAUUGGGACUGAUAAGUUCAAAAAGAGACAAAAGGUGAAGCGAGUAUUGCCUCACUGGCUGGCCAACCCAUCAGUAGUAUCAGUGAACCUCCAGCAGUUGACUACAACUGUUAAAGACAUUCCAGGUCUUGACAGGGACAUUGUGAGUGCACUGAAACGCAACAAGAUCACCCACUUCUUUCCAGUGCAGGCCCAGGUGAUCCCUUGGCUUCUAGCAGCCCACAGCACACAGACUCAGUACUGGCCGCACGACGUGUGUGUGUCUGCACCUACUGGCAGUGGCAAGACCCUCACUUUUGUCAUCCCCAUUGUACAGGCACUGCGUCAUCGUGUGGUGCUACAAGUGCGGGCACUGGUGGUUCUUCCAGUGCAGGACCUCGCUGUGCAAGUUUAUCAUGUGUUCCUCACAUACACGCAGCAUACAGACCUGAAGGUGGCACUUAUCACUGGCCAGACCUCCUUCUGCAAGGAACAGCAGCAGCUUGUUGCCUCAAGUGCUGUGAGCGGAUACCGAAGUUUGGUUGAUAUAGUAGUGACAACCCCAGGUCGACUGGUUGAUCACCUGCAGUCCACUCCAGGCUUCGUACUGAAACAUUUGCGUUUCCUGGUGAUUGACGAAGCUGAUCGCGUUAUAGAAAAUGUCCAGAAUGACUGGCUGUACCAUUUGUACUCUCACAUCAAUGUCGGUAAUUCAUCCAGUUGUCACCCUCCUGCCCUCACAGUAGCGACAUUAGAAUCAACCUCCUGUCCACCUCCUCAGAAGCUCCUGUUCUCUGCGACACUCACACAGGAUCCUGAGAAACUGCAGCAACUUGGGCUUUUCCAGCCCAGACUGUUCACCUCAGUUGUUGGCAAUGACCAAUUGGAAGAUAGAGGUAAAGGUGAGGCAGUGAGGGGAGACUUUGUUGGGAAGUUCACAACACCUGCGGAGCUGAGUGAAUAUAUCUGUAUUGUGACACCAGAGAGCAAGCCUCUGAUCUUACACUACAUCAUCACAUCCAACAGUUGGCAGCAUGUACUGGUAUUUGUCGGUUCACGGAAAGACGCCCAUCGUUUAUCAUUGCUUCUGUCUCACCUUGGGCGGAAUAGCUUUAAGGUUGCCGAGAUCUCAUCUAGGCUGUCACGUCCUGCUAGGGAGAAAGUCCUGGCGAAGUUUGCAGCCGGAGGAAUUGACGUGUUGAUAAGUUCUGACGCAUUGGCACGUGGUAUGGAUAUUGAAGGAGUGGAAUAUGUUGUGCUGUACAGCGAACCAAAGUCGGUGAAGAACUACAUCCAUAGAGUGGGACGCACUGGGAGGGCAGGCAGAAGUGGUACUGCAGUUACAUUUCUACUGGACAGUCAGGUGGCACAGUUUAAUGAGAUGCUGGGUGUAGCUGGAAAGGGCUCCUUACAGAAAAUUGACGUACAAGAGUCACAGCUUGAGGAAUUGGAAGACAAGUACAAGGCUGCACUGGAACAACUCAAAGAGAAUCUUGAGAAAGAAGAGAAGCAGCGGCUGAAGGUAGAAAAACGAAGCAAGAAGCGGGAUCCCUCGAUACAGAAAUGUCGUGACAGAAAGAGUCGCUUCAAAGUUAGGAAACAGAAGAAGGUGGAUAAAGGUACGGCUGUCGGUACAUGAGAGGUGUGUUGUUACGGUAAUCCCUCCGUGAACUUUGCCUUGAAAUCCGUUGUUUUUAUAUUGUUUCCUUAAAAGAAUUGAAAAUAAUAGACAAUUAUGUAUUACCUCAUCUACCAUUCUUAUUCAAUAUGUCCCAAAAUAUAAUUAUACAUAUAACUGGUUAUGAACCAGGCUACUCGAGUCAAUAGAUAGAGCAGUUUCUGGCAGGACAGCAAAGAUUCGUGGCAGAGACAAGUUCUUUAUAUUGGCCAUCCUGUCUAUAUCAGUUUAAGGGAACAACCAGCAUCCUAUCUCAUAUGCUCUGGGGACUGUACCCUGCAGGUUAAGUGGGUUUUCGGCAUGAAAGCAGCUACUAACCUCCAUCUACUUUUGGACUGAACUUGAACACCAUUUUAAACAUGUAGGUGGCUACGCUGAAUGUACAACGAGAAUUAACACAAAUUUUGAAGUGUCUUUGUAUUUUAAGUGCAAUACCAGUUUUGAUAGAAGCAUGCGGUCAGUUUUCAUUGGAGUCCUCCUACAUUUGAUAUCGUGAAUUAAGUUUGGAAGAAUUUUGUGUGUGUUUCCCUCUCCAUGUUCUAGAGUCAGGCUUUAAGGUAGUCUAAAUUGUACCUAAUUAGGCAGACAUGUUAUAAACAGAGGUAGGUAUUAGUGAUAUUUGCUAGCCUUAUAAAAUAUUUAUUCUUCUAUAAAGCAAGUAGCACGCAUGAACAAAAAGUGAAUACUGUUUUUUAAAGGUUAAAUUGAAGAAAAAAUCAUGUGUGUGUAUGGUUUAUAAAAUUUAAUCAGCGGUUUCUACUAACAGAAAUAAUCUACUGACUGCAAUUUAAUUGUAUUAAUUAGAAAUAUUUAUGCAAUACAGUUGCUGUAUGUUA